AUGGAGAUGGAGGAAGAUACUCAUGCAAAUGUAAUGCCACCGCCUAAACAAUCUGAUGAAGAGAAAUCGCUGGUGCUAUAUCCUUCCAAUUCAAAUACUCCUCUUCUCAAGUCCCCUACUUCCCCUCCCUUAACGAUUGUUGUAGCUACUCACUUGAUUCCUGAUUUAAAAGAUUAUCUGUUGUCAGGAGGAACUAUAAAGCUAGAGGAACUCGAGGAAGAUGAAAUGAGGAGGGAAAAGACAUCCAAGGUUUCAAAAGACUGUUUGGCUGUUAUCCCAUGGGUUCCUAAUCCUCUGGCAUAUGCAAAGAAAUAGUAGUACCAGAGAUAUCUCAAACAUUAGAGGCAGAAGGUAGUGAAAUGAUGGACAUGGAUGAUCCACACGCAAAUAACAACAAUGAGAAGGUGGAGGCAUGUGGAGUAUCACCGCCAUGGCAGCAACAAUGUAUGAUGUCCAAUAUGUUGCAACCUUCGUUUGGUGCGUAUUUACGGUAGGUCCAUAACCUCUAGUGACUUUGUGUACAUAGUGGUAGCACCUUUUGGAAAACAACUGAACUAAGUGCUCAAGUUUCCUAGUAGUGAAGGUUUAUGUCUGUUGCAACCUAAGUUUGGUACCUAUUUAAGGUCUAUAACCUCUCUAGUGGCUCUGUGUAUAUAGUGGUAGCAUCUUUUGGAGAAAAUUGAACCAAGUGGUCAAGUUUCAUAGUAGUAAAGGUAUAUGUUUGUUGCAGGAGUCUGUUCCUGGUACUACCAGAGCUUUGGUCAUGUUUAUAAAAAUCGUACUAACAUAUAUAUAAUUUUGAGUUCUGUUGUUUUGA